AUGCCUGCGCACGAAGCCCUCCUGAUCCUCGUCAUCAGCUGCCUCGCUGUUAGCGCCACUGUAACAGCCGCUCCCGACUACCGCGAUGCGUUGUCGAAAGCGCUUCUGUUCUUCGACGGCCAACGGUCGGGUAACCUCUCAGGCGCCGCGAUCAAGACCAGGACGACGUGGCGCGGCGACUCCGGUCUCACCGACGGCAAAGCGCAGAAGGUCGACUUGGUAGGCGGCUACUAUGACGGCGCGGGGAACGUUAAGUACGGGCUGCCGCUGGCCUUCUCCCUCACGCUGCUCUCCUGGGCCGCCAUCGAUUACCAGCAGCAGCUCGGCGCUUCAGGCGGCCAGCUCUCCGCGGCUCGCGACGCGAUUCGCUGGGGGACGGAUUACCUCCUUAAAGCGCACACGAGCGCGAAUGAGCUCUGGGUGCAAGUAGGCGACGGUCCGAGCGACGAUCUGUGCUGGCAGCGGCCCGAGGACAUGACGACGGACCGCACCGCGUACCGAGUGAACGCGACGCGGCCGGGGUCUGACGUUGCAGGGGAGACGGCGGCGGCAAUGGCGUCGGCGUCGCUGGUGUUCGCGAAACUGGAUCCCUCGUAUUCGUCGCUGCUGCUGAACCGCUCCCAGCAGCUGUUCACGUUUGCGGACACUUAUCGCGGGGUGUAUUCCGAUUCUAUCCCCAUUGCGAGACGGAACUAUCCCUCGUGGACCGGAUACGAGGACGAGUUGGCGUGGGCGGCGGCGUGGCUGCACCGAGCAACGGGGUCAACGCAAUACCUCGAGUACCUGGCGACGAGCGACGAGCAGCUGCAAGGGUCGUCGGAGGCCACCACGGAGUUCAGCUGGGACGACAAGUUCGCUGGCGCGCAAGUGCUGGUGGCUAAGGUAGCACUGCAGGGCAGCGGGGCGGCUAAUCUGAGCACAGCAGCACAGGCGGUGGUGGAGGGUUACAGAGGCAUGGCAGACGCCUUUGCAUGUGCCUACCUGCCAGACAACCCACUGCACUCCGUCUACAUCACUCCAGGCGGGCUGGUGUACAUACGAGCGCGCAACAGCCAGUACGCCACGUCAGCCGCGUUCCUGCUGCUGCUCUACAGUGACUACCUGGCGUCGGCCAAUCAGACGCUCUCGUGCGACGGCACGCAGUACUCGCCUGCUGACAUGGCGGCCUUCUCCAAGUCACAGGUGGAUUACCUGCUAGGUGUCAACCCUCUCAACGCCUCCUACAUGGUCGGCUUCGGCCAGUCGUACCCGCAGAAGCUGCGCCACCGGGCGGCAUCCAUCGUCUCUUUCAAAGCGGACAGCACGCCGGUGUCCUGUGAGGGCGGCAAGACGGAUUGGCUCAUGAGUCCAGACCCCAACCCCAACGUGCACGUGGGAGCGAUCGUGGGGGGGCCUGAUGCGGACGAUGCAUUCAUGGACGACAGGCAGCAGGCAGCCUUCAACGAGCCGUCACUAUUCACCAAUGCUGCUGCCGUCGGUGCCCUUGCCCGCCUUUCAGCCGGCGCUCUCCCCCCCGGCCCCUCGCCCCCCCCUGCUCCGCCCUCCCCUCCCCCUCCGCCAUCCCCUCCCCCCGCUCCCCCCCCUCCCCCGCGCCCGCCCAAGCCCCCUCCGCCUCCCCCCAGCCCGCCCUCCCCUCCGCCUUCGCCCCCACCUCCAGCCCUUCGUCCCUCCUUCUGGUGCUCUCAACUAUUCUCUUCCGAACCCCUCCCUCCCACCUAUCUCUCCCCCUCUCUCCCCCAGCCUCGCAAGUCACCGUCACCUGCACCUCUCCCGGACUGGGCCAGGAACCUGGGCCCGGGGGGGAGUGCGUCGUUUGGGUUCAUACAGGAGAAGGCAGUCACGCCGCAGUUCAGCGUUCUGGGGUAUUUCUCGAAUGCACCCCCCGCGCCGAGUGCAAAUGGCGGGUCUCCUCCUCCCACCCAACCGCCUUCCUCUCCUCCUACACUUCCGCCUCCUCCUCUCCCUCCCCCCGCAAGCUCCCCCCGCCCCCCUCCCCCUGGAGCAUCUGCCCCAUGUCCUCCUCCCCCGCUGCAGACCGGGUUCCCCCCUCCAGCCAACACCCCUCCUGCUGCCACUCCCCCUCCUGCCUCUCCUCCUCCCUCCUCCGCCUCUCUCUUGCUCGAGCAAAACCUGCUCUACGAAUGGCCUCCUGACGCUGCAGCAUUCAACAUCACCAUUUCAAACCCAUCCACUCGCACCGCUGUUGCGGUUACCAUAUCCGUAACCCUGCUGGUAGACGACCCGCCAAUCACGAGCGUCUGGGGUCUUUCCGCUGCGGGCAGCUCCACAGACAGCUCUUCGGGCAGCUUGAAAAUUGUGACACUGUACCGGGUUUCGGCGAAUCUGCUGCCCAUGCUGCCUGGAGAGUCGGCGCAAGUAGGGUACAUCAAGUCUGGGCAGCCCGGAAAUGUUUCCAUUGCGGAGGUAGCAUGGUUGGAACAAUCCCCCCCUCCCCCUUCUCCUCCCACCAAACGAUCUCCUCCUCCCAAACCACCCCGUCCCCCUCCUCCGAAACCCCCCCGACCCCCUCCCCCUCGCCCCCCAAAGCCACCUCCCCGACCCCCACCCCGCCCUCCCCCACGCCCUCCCCCACACCCUCCCCCGCGGCCCCCUCCACGGCCCCCAAGACCUCCUCCUCGCCAAAAAAGGCACUAG